AUGGCUGGGAGCUAUGUGGUGCUGUUUUCUGUCAGUUAUCAAAUCAUAUGUGUUCUAGGAGGCCCUGUCAGGUCUGACUACUCGUAUAGCUGCCAACUUCUGGAUAUGGACUCCUUGAACCCUCUGUCACGUCUAAAGAUUGUCCUUGCUCCCGAGUGGACAUCUGAGCCCAUAGGAGACCUUGCCCUUCAGUUUCAAAGGGGCCUGAAGGGGACGACAUCAGAAAGUUUUUGUAGUUCAGUUGACAUUUUUGCAAAUGCCCAUCUCAAAGUUCUUCCUCAAGCUUUAGCAGGAGAGGCCUUUACCAACACCUCCCGACUGGCCACAGUUACUCGGACUUCAGCCCACGCUGGGGUUCUCUCCAGUGUGCUCCAUUGCUGUCUUGGAGACCCAGCCUCAGCUUCACGGAGACUAUCAGCACUUGUUCAGCAACUUGGUCCAAAAGAGUUGCCUGGGAGCACUGAAGGACUGUCUGGGAACCCUGCAGAUCUGGAGAGACGUAAGCAGGUGUUUGGAGAAAACUUCAUCCCCCCUAAAAAGCCCAAGACCUUUUUGGAAUUAGUGUGGGAGGCUCUACAAGAUGUUACACUCAUAAUCUUGGAGGUGGCAGCAAUCGUCUCCCUGGGCCUAUCCUUCUACCGACCUCCUGGUGAUGAAAAUGAGGUGGAGUGUGGGCAAUCCACAAUUGGUGUCACAGAGGAAGGGGAGGCAGAAACUGGCUGGAUCGAAGGGGUAGCUAUCCUGUUUUCGGUCAUCAUUGUGGUAUUGGUGACGGCCUUUAAUGACUGGAGCAAGGAGAAGCAGUUCCGGGGCCUACAGAGCCGGAUUGAGCAGGAACAGAAGUUCACGGUUAUCCGCAAGGGUCAGGUCAUCCAGUUGCCUGUGUUUGAGAUUGUGGUUGGAGAUAUCGCCCAGAUCAAAUAUGGUGACUUGUUGCCUGCAGACGGGGUCCUAAUCCAAGGGAAUGAUCUGAAAACUGAUGAGAGUGCCCUAACUGGAGAGUCUGACCAUGUCGAGAAGACCGUAGAGAAAGACCCCAUGCUACUUUCAGGGACCCAUGUGAUGGAAGGGUCUGGCCGGAUAGUAGUGACUGCAGUGGGUGUGAAUUCCCAAACUGGAAUAAUUUUCACCCUUUUGGGGGCAUCGGAGAGUGAUGAGGGGACUAAGGAAAAAACCGGUAAAAAACAAGGAGCCCCUGAAAAUCGCAACAAAGCUAAGACCGAACAUAGUGUGCCUCCAGAGAUCCAGCCCCUGAAGAGCCAAGAAAGGCUAGAGGAAGAAGAGAAGAAGAAGGAGAAGAAGGUGCCCAAGGAAAAGUCCGUGCUACAGGGCAAGCUGACACGCUUGGCUGUUCAGAUUGGGAAAGGUGGUCUUUUCAUGUCUGUACUCACAGUUCUCGUCUUGAUAUUGUCCUUUGUGAUCAACACAUUUGUGGUGCAAGGUCAGAAUUUGAACAUGGAAUGCAUCCCCAUCUACUUCCAGUACUUUGUCAAGUUCUUCAUCAUUGGGAUCACGGUGCUUGUAGUGGCUGUACCAGAAGGGUUGCCUUUGGCUGUCACCAUCUCAUUGGCCUAUUCUGUCAAGAAAAUGAUGAAGGAUAAUAACCUUGUGCGUCACCUGGAUGCCUGUGAGACCAUGGGGAAUGCAACGGCCAUCUGCUCAGACAAGACAGGCACGCUGACUUUGAACCGCAUGACAGUGGUGCAGGUCUUCACAGAGGACACUCACUUCAAGAAGGUCCCCAGCCCGGAUGACCUUGCUCCCAAUACCCUGGACCUCAUUGUCAAUGGCAUCUCCAUCAACAGUGCCUACACAUCCAAGCUCUUGCCUCCAGAGAAGGAGGGAGGGCUUCCUCGGCAGGUGGGCAACAAGACGGAGUGUGGCCUUCUGGGCUUUGUCAAAGACCUGAAACACGACUACCAGGCAAUAAGGAAUGAGGUGCCAGAGGAGACAUUCUACAAAGUCUACACCUUCAAUUCAUCCCGCAAAUCAAUGAGCACAGUUAUCCAGAACCCAGAUGGAACUUUUCGAAUGUACAGCAAGGGGGCCUCAGAGAUCCUCCUGAAAAAGUGCCUCUGGAUCCUUGACAGGAAUGGGAACCCACAGAUGUUCAGCCCUACAGAACGUGAUAGUAUGGCAUGCAAAGUGAUUGAGAAGAUGGCCUGUGAGGGGCUUCGGACCAUCUGUCUCGCUUACCGGGACUUUGAGGAGGAGCCUGUCUGGGAAAAUGAGCAUGAGAUCCUCUCUAAGCUGACCUGCAUCGCUGUAGUUGGCAUUGAAGACCCCGUGCGCCCAGAGGUGCCUGAAGCCAUCCACAAGUGCAAAGUGGCUGGCAUCACUGUUCGAAUGGUGACAGGAGACAACAUCAACACAGCCCAAGCUAUUGCCACCAAGUGUGGCAUCCUGACUCCUGGUGAAGACUUCCUGUGCUUAGAGGGCAAAGAGUUCAACAAACGUAUCCGAAAUGAGAAGGGUGAGGUGGUGCAGGAGGAGCUAGACAAGAUAUGGCCCAAGCUUCGAGUGUUGGCCCGAUCGUCCCCUACUGACAAGCACACACUGGUGAAAGGCAUCAUUGACAGCACUGUGGGGGAACAUCGGCAGGUGGUGGCUGUUACUGGGGAUGGUACCAACGAUGGGCCAGCCUUGAAGAAAGCAGACGUCGGCUUUGCCAUGGGCAUUGCAGGUACAGAUGUGGCAAAGGAGGCAUCAGACAUCAUUCUAACAGAUGACAACUUUACCAGCAUUGUUAAGGCAGUGAUGUGGGGUCGAAACGUCUAUGAUAGCAUUUCCAAGUUUCUGCAGUUCCAGCUCACUGUCAAUGUGGUGGCUGUGAUUGUGGCUUUCAUUGGGGCCUGUAUCACCCAGGAUUCCCCACUGAAAGCUGUGCAAAUGUUGUGGGUGAACCUGAUCAUGGAUACUUUUGCCUCCCUUGCCCUGGCUACCGAGCCACCCACAGAGGCGUUGCUGUUGAGACAACCCUAUGGCCGUGAUAAGCCACUGAUCUCCAGGACUAUGAUGAAAAAUAUCCUGGGACAUGCAGUCUACCAGCUUUGCGUCGUCUUUACCCUUCUUUUUGUUGGUGAAAAGUUCUUUGACAUCGAGAGUGGGAGGAAAGCGCCCUUAAACGCCCCACCCUCCCAACAUUAUACCAUUGUAUUCAAUACCUUCGUCCUAAUGCAGCUCUUCAAUGAAAUCAAUGCCCGAAAAAUCCAUGGUGAGAGGAAUGUCUUUGAAGGCAUAUACCGUAACCCCAUCUUCUGUACUGUACUGGUGGGCACAUUUAUCACCCAGAUUGUGAUAGUGGAAAUCGGGGGCCAAGCCUUUAGCUGCACAAACCUUUCCUUGAGCCAGUGGCUUUGGUGUCUUUUCCUUGGGAUUGGAGAGCUGCUGUGGGGCCAGAUAAUCAACACAGUGCCUACUGCAAAACUGAUUUUCUUGAGGGAAGCUGGGAAUGCCCUCACCAAAGAAGAAAUCUCCAUGAAAAGCCUGGCUGAAGGACUGGAAGAAAUUGACUAUGGAGAAAUGGAGCUGCGCAGUGGCCAGGUUCUCUGGUUCCGAGGCCUGAAUCGCAUCCAGACUCAGAUCAAGGUAGUGAACACGUUCCAGAUGGCAGUCGACUCUUAUCGUGGAGCCAUGAGGAGACGGAGCACCAAGAAGAGUCUGCAAGAUGGAAAACCUAGCCCCACUUCUUCUUGGAUUAAAGUCGUGAAAGCAUUCUGUAGCUCUCUCUUUGAAGGCCUUGAGAAACGCAAAACCCAAAGCUCUAUCCAUAAGUUCAUGACUCAUCCCCAACUCACCCUGGAAGAAGAUGAGCCAAGAACACCACUCCUGGAUGGCAGUGAGGAAGAUGAAGAUAGCAGAGAGCCUGGGAUAGACAGGUUCCCCAAGGCCACUGGGAGCAAAGAACCCCCAUCCUUUCUAUCCUUUCUAUCCAGCAAUGAAAACUACAGUGCUUUGAACCCUAGCCCAGUGCAGGUAGCAGUAUCCAACUCAGACAGCACCUUACACAGCCUGGGGACGUCAGUUUGA